AUUUUGGGGCUUUAAUUCUGCUGAAGCCAUGAUGGGGGGAGCUGCGGUGCGAGUCGGCCUCCUUGGGCUGUUGCUGCCCUGCGUUGCCACGGCACCAACCAAUAAGGACUGGGACAUCUACAGCUUCCACAUCAACUCCACAGUGACCAGUCGCUAUGCAACCACUGUCAUCACCAGUCGAGUGGCCAAUCGGAUCAACCAGUCACAAGAAAUAGAAUUCCAUGUCAAGAUUCCCAAGAAUGCCUUCAUCAGUAAAUUCAGAAUGACCAUUGAGGGAAAGACAUAUGAUGGGGUUGUAAAACAGAAGGAGGAGGCCCAGCAGCAGUACACUCAGGCAGUGUCUCGUGGACAAAGUGCUGGUAUAGUCAGUUCUGUGGGGAGGACCCUUGAGGAGUUUAAGACAUCUGUGACUGUGGCUGCACUCAGUAAGGUGACCUUUGAACUCACAUAUGAGGAGCUGCUGAAACGUCGCCUGGGAAAGUAUGAACUCUUGAUCCACGCACGACCCAUGCAGCCUGUUGCUGAUUUCAAGAUUGACGUGUACAUCAAAGAGUACCCAGGUGUUAACAUCCUGGAGAUAAAAGGAGGGCUGAGCACCAAAGAGCUGGCUAAUGCCAUUUCUAAAACACAGACUUCAACUGAGGCUUGGGUCCAUUUCUACCCCAGUAAGGCACAGCAGAGUCAGUGUGACAGCUGUGGAGAGGAGGGCCUGAACGGAGACCUGGUCAUUGUCUAUGACGUCCACAGGAAAAAGUCCAUAGGAGAUCUCAAGAAGUCAGAUGGGUAUUUUGUCCAUCACUUUGCUCCCAGUGAUCUACCACGCAUUCCAAAGAAUGUGGUCUUCGUCAUCGAUCAAAGUGGCUCCAUGUAUGGCAGGAAAAUUCAGCAGACCCGUGAGGCUUUGUUGAAGAUCCUGGGAGACCUGGCGGAGGACGACCACUUCGGCCUGAUUACAUUUGACAGCUCUGUGUUUCCCUGGAAGGAAGAACUGCUUCUGGCUAAUCAGAAAAACCUGGAGGCUGCCAAGAUGUUUGUACAAAAUAUUAGAGACAGAGGAGCCACUGACAUCAAUGCUGCGGUGUUGAGGGGCACAGACAUGCUGAACCGACACCUCCGAGAGGGAACAGCCUCUCUCCUCAUACUGCUCACUGAUGGAGACCCAACCACAGGUGAGACCAACCUGGAAAAUAUCCACAAGAACAUAAAAGAAGCAAUUGAUAAGAAAUUCCCGCUCUACUGUCUCGGUUUUGGAAUGGAUGUUAACUUUGAGUUCCUGGAGAAGAUGGCGCUGGAAAACAACGGUGUGGGACGCAGAAUAUAUGAGGACUCUGAUGCUGCUCUGCAGCUGCAGGGCUUUUAUGAAGAGGUGGCCACACCCCUACUGACAGAUGUACAGAUGGUGUAUCUGGGUGGGGCUAACCUGACCCAGACCAACUUCAGCCAAUACUACAACGGCUCUGAGAUUGUGGUAGCUGGCCAGAUCACUGACAACAACAUAGAGGAGUUCACAGCAGAGGUCAUUGCCAUAUCGAAAAGCAACAAGGUGACGUACUCAGAGACAAUACCAACAGAGGAGCCCAUUACAGCCAGGUCAGACAGCAACCUUCAGAGGCUGUGGGCUUACCUGACUGUGAAGCAGCUACUGGACAAAGAGGUGCAGUUGAGCGGUAGUGAGAAAGAGACGGUUAAGAAGGAGAUCCUGGAUCUUUGUCUGAAGUACGGCUUUGUGACUCCUCUCACCUCCAUGGUGGUCACCAAACCCCAGGGGGAGGAGUCUCAGGUGGCCCAUAAGCCCAAGGAGGGAAAGAAGCCCACAGGAUCAGGGCAAGCCUUCAUGGUACCCUCCCAAAGAAAAUUCUCCCAUGACUCCUUACCCUCACGUCCCAAGAAUACAAGGCUCUAUGGGGGAGCAGGACACAUUGGAAAAUAUGCGCCUGUGAGAGGGCCAUAUUUCUCUGCCUUACCCUCACGUCCCAAGAAUACAAGGCUCUAUGGGGGAGCAGGACACAUUGGAAAAUAUGCGCCCGUGGGAGGGCCAUAUUUCUCUGAUAUACGUCAAUUAUUGGAUGGCAAUCUUCCAACUCAUUCAACUAAAAUGACAACUACAACAGUAAGUCCUCUUAUUAGGUUCCUGUUGCCAGCUGAGGGUCAGGCCCUUCCACUGUGCUAUGACAUCCCUGUAGCUCUCUCACUCAGACUCCUAAAGGACCCCAACAACGAUUUUUCUAUGAAUGGUCAGCUUGGAAAGUCAGACAGUGCAGGCUACCAAAAGAUUGUUGUCCAUUACAGAAGUGAUCAGCAUAUUGAUUUUGACACUACUGGUAUCACCUUCAACAAUGGACAGAAUGCCACAUAUUUCUCCUGGAGUCUGAAUAUCAACAUUGAAAAAGACAGUGUGUCUCUGAUCAUACGGGACAAAGAGAUGGACGUCACCAUGGGGUCAACACGGGUCAUCAUCAUGCUCUAUGAGAGGGAUGGAAACGUGUUCCUGUGGCCCGUCCUGAGGCAGCGCCCAACAGGGGACAACAUUACUGGGAUCAUGGCCCGUCCACCUGUUGUCUAUGAGAAGGUCCAGGGAACAACAGUAAAACUUAAGAUUCAGGACAAAGAAGUAGACGUCUCCAGGGCCUCUACUGUGGAUCUCAGUGUUCGUUCAGCCCCCACCGUGACAUGCUGGUUGACUCCACUUCAGUCUGCCCUACAGGGGGAGCUAGCUGACUUCACUGUAUCACAACUCUAACUGCUCAUUAAGUUUGUUCAUGCAGAAACUACACUCUAGAAAUAUGAAGAGAAAAAUAAAGACUGUUCUAUGAGUUUACAUAACAAAUCACCUAAACUCUUUUAUGACAAAUCACCAUUAAAUAAAUAUCAUUUUUAAGCAAUUUCAUUACUUUCUUGCAUAUCAUCCUUUUCAGAAAUUGUGUUUUUUCUCAAGCAGGGUCAAACUGAAAUGAUGUGGUUCAACAAAUAGAACAUGUGAUUAAACUGAGUGAUAGGUAAACGAAAUAUAAGUGGAAGGAAACUAUACAAAAAGACUCAUAUAAAAAGGCAUAUACCUUUUUACCAUCUGUAAAAUGGUAUAUUGAUUGUUGUUUACAAGUUUGUAAGAUAUGAACAAAAGAUCAAAUAAUGUGA